AUGUCUUACAUGAGGAGGUUGUUGGAGAGGGCCGAGCGAGAAAAUGAAGAAAGAAUGCGUAAACGUGCUGAAGAAGAAAGGGAGUGGCAAGUAGAUGAUGAUCAAGUGCCAUGGCAGUGGGUAUGCUCGAUCAAUCAAGCCAACACCACCAUGGUUCACAACCCGACCGUGACCCAAACAUGGACAAACGUAGGCACUCUAGAGGUGGAUGAGAUUGCUAGGAUGAGGAAAUCUACUAUCCUAGAGAGCUUGGUCAGAUUAUGUGAUGAAAUCGAAACUAUCUACACUAGGGAUUACCUCCGGAAACCUACGCCUAGGGACCUCCAAAGGCUUCUACAAAAAACCGAGGCUCGAGGUUUCCCAAACAUGAUUGGAAGCAUCGACUACAUGCACUGGCAGUGGAAGAAUUGCCCAACUGCCUGA